CGCCCGUCCUCAAGCGGCGCGCGUUCGCGCCCUCCUCGGCUUCGGGAUGAUCGGCCAGAAGACUCUCCAUUCCUUCUUCUCAUCGAGCCCCGCCAGGAAGCGACGUGCCCGCAGCCCUGAGCCGACCGACCCGGAGACCGGCGUGGCGGCGGUCACUGAGGAGAGCGGGGAUGCCGCGGCCAACCCCCCCAAGAAGGCCCGCGCUGGGCAGGAGGAGCCCAGCAUUCUGUCCUCGUCGCCGCUGAGCCCCGAGCAGUUGGUACGCAUCCAGAGGAACAAGGCCGCCGCCCUGCUCAGACUCGCGGCGCGCAAUGUGCCGGUGGGUUUCGGUGAGAGUUGGAAGAAGCACCUCAGCGGAGAGUUCGGGAAGCCGUAUUUUAUCAAGCUAAUGGGAUUUGUUGCAGAAGAAAGAAGACAUUACACAGUUUAUCCACCCCCAGAUCAAGUCUUCACAUGGACCCAAAUGUGUGACAUAAGAGACGUAAAGGUUGUCAUCCUAGGACAAGAUCCGUAUCAUGGACCCAAUCAAGCUCAUGGGCUCUGCUUUAGUGUUCAGAAACCUGUUCCACCUCCACCCAGCUUGGAAAACAUUUAUAAAGAGCUGUCUACAGACAUAGAUGGUUUUGUUCAUCCUGGUCACGGAGAUUUAACUGGGUGGGCCAAGCAAGGUGUUCUCCUACUCAAUGCUGUCCUCACAGUCCGGGCACAUCAGGCCAAUUCUCAUAAGGAGAAAGGUUGGGAGCAGUUUACCGAUGCGGUUGUAUCCUGGCUAAAUCAGAACUCAAAAGGCCUUGUCUUCUUGCUCUGGGGUUCUUAUGCUCAGAAGAAGGGUAGUGCCAUCGAUAGGAAGCGCCACCACGUGCUGCAGACCGCGCAUCCCUCCCCACUGUCUGUGUACAGAGGGUUCUUCGGUUGCAGACAUUUCUCUAAAACCAACGAGCUGCUGCAGAAGUCCGGCAAGGAGCCCAUCAACUGGAAGGAUCUGUGACCCUGAACUGGGGCAGGAUCUCCAGGCAGCUUUUUAGAAGCUUCUAUUAAAGUAUUUGUCAGUUACAAAAUCUAAUUGAAAAAAUAAUCUCCCUGUUGAUUUUAAAGCAGUCGUGAGCCAGGCUGCCCAGGAGUGGCAGCUUUGUUUAUCCAGCCAGACAGGCAAAGUUAGCCCUGCAACCACAAGGCUGCCUUUGCAACAGGGCUUGAAAGGGAGAAGAGGUCGAAUAUUUUAGGCUCCUCCCUUCUGUUACCUUUGUGGUUAAAGGGGGAGAUAGGCACCUUUUUGGUACAGCCAGCUGCUACUCGUUUUUUACCUGGUAGGUUAGACUUAGGUUAUAAGGUGUUGGGAGUUUUUAUGUAGAAAGUCCCCCUUUGCCCAGUCUGGUGUUGGGUCUCAGCCAGGUCCACUGACUUCCUCUUUGAUCCUUCACAGAACCCCCAGGCCCUCCUUGAAGGAAAUAAUGUGGAUGUUUUCUGCAAGUUUCCAGAAAUUAGGGAUCAAUUUCCUGAUUGAAGUAGAGGUGAAAAUUCCUAAGGAACAGUCCUUGGUGCAAACCUUAAGGCAUAGGCCAAGAGAAGUGGGCUGGGCCUUGUUUAAACUGCUGUUCUUGGGGUGUUUCUAGGCAUGAGGGGAAAACGGUGUUUUGUUUUUUUAAGAGGAAAUGCUUUUCUAUUAGGUGUACCCUGAGUUGGCAGCAUAGUUAGCCAAAUGCUGUUUUUUAUAGACUGACAUCCCUUUGGGAUAUCUUUUUCUACAACAUUGGAGAAUUUUGCUCUUAAAUGUUGAUGCAAGUAUAUAUGUAUUUUUUUAAUUCUUUGUUUAAGAGACAAUCUUUAUUAGGUCUGCACCUCCAUUCUAGAUCCUGUUAAGAGAUGUUUUGCUGUCAGCGGGGUUAGAGUUAACCCUACUUGAGUUUGGUAAUAAAAGGUUG